AUGGAAGAGUACGAAAGAACCAAAGUCCUUGUAUUCCUAACGACAGUAUUUCAAUCGGCGCCUGAUUCUGUGACAAGACAAGGAUGGUUUUUUUCAAAUAGAAUACGCAGUUUGAGUGAACCAUUUCAUACCGGAAAUCCAUCCUCCAACCACUUUCCAAAUAAAAUGUUUGCUCAAUAUAUUGGGCAAGUGUAUAUAUGGAGCCUUGACCCGCGAAAUCUGGUCUAG